UGACGAGUGAACGCAGCACGCAGCGAAUCGCGCGAAAACACCCGAACGCGAUCUAUCUUCCCGACUGAGCGCCGAGUCGCUGCUGCUUGCCAGCUACUAGUCUGGAGGCGACCGCAAGCGGGGCGGCACGUGCGGUGCGCGCCUCGCGAUUUUACAUUGUUUUUGUGUGCAUCUUUGUUUAAAAUCCGAUCCGGCCACAAUCGAUACUAAAUUCAUGUGAAUUAAAACGGUCGAGAGAUUUAUCUACAAGAAUAAUAGUGAAACCAGUGACAACUGUGUUUUAUAGUCGAUGAGAUCAACGAUUGCAAGACGGUGGCUUAUUGACAAGUGAAACUCUCCAACGUCCCAUUCAUUCAUAAGUUGGAUAUUGUUUGUAUGUUCUGUUUGUGGAUUAUAAACGUGAUAUUAUAAUAGUGUAUGCAAAUCAAUAACCCCAGAGUGAUAGCCGAGCUCCGAGUCAGCAAAAGCUUCUGUCCUGUGGAUGAAUAUACGCUUGCAUAUUGAUUGGUUUAGUAUCUGGAUUCACUGGAUUUUUAGCCUCUUGAUAUUGUGAAUACAAGCAGAAGAAGUAUUGAAAAAGGUAUUUUGACACAAAAACUUUGAGACUGACCAGCGGGGCUAGGGGCGGCUACGACAUAUUUGCUUCAGUUUACUCGUAGAACACCCGUUCGUGAUGAUGCGAUUAUACGACAGUGUAAGAUAGAAGCCGUAUAGCCACGCAGUAUGGGUGCGAAUAUGGGCAAAAACUCGAGCCUACUUGACGCGUUGCCUACCGCUCAGGGCACGCUCCACGUCGUCAUGUUGGGCCUCGACUCCGCAGGGAAAACUACUGCACUAUACAGACUCAAAUUUGAUCAAUACUUAAACACCGUCCCCACUAUUGGAUUUAACUGCGAAAAGGUUAAAGGCACCAUUGGAAAAUCGAAGGGUGUGAACUUUCUAGUUUGGGAUGUUGGCGGCCAGGAAAAACUAAGACCUCUUUGGAAAUCGUACACACGUUGUACUGAUGGUAUAAUUUUCGUAUUAGACUCUGUCGACGUUGAACGAAUGGAGGAAGCGAAAAUGGAACUAAUACGAACGGCAAAAUCGCCAGAUAAUGCAUGCGUGCCAAUUCUAGUGUUAGCCAACAAACAAGAUUUACCUGGGGCGAAAGAGCCUCGUGACCUCGAAAAGUUGCUUGGCCUGCACGAGCUGGUCUCUUCUCCGCAUGGCUCACGUGACGCACAUGCGUGGCACGUUCAGCCAGCUUGUGCCAUUACAGGGGAAGGCUUACACGAAGGUCUGGAAGUGCUUUACGAAAUGAUACUCAAGAGACGAAAACUGGCAAAGCUACAGAAAAAGCGCGUCAAAUAAACUCUGACUAGGUUGUUAACUAUUACAACUAACGUGUAUUAAGAUUUUAGCAGUAAAAUAACUGCAAAUUAUUAUCGAUACUCAGAAUGGAUGAUCUUGUAUCGUCCAAAGUUAAACACCAAAUAUUGUUUUACUGUAGAUAUAAAAAAACAUCUUAUGAAUUAUUCCAUCAUGGAGUUGCUCAACUAUAUUGAACAUUGUUUUGUGAAACGAAUUCUGUAAAAUUAAGUUAAAUAUUAACUACUAGUCAUUUUCGUUUGAAAAUAACUAGGUGGAAACUAGUGGGCUUAUUUUAAACACUUCAUUUGUAUUGACUAAAAAUUGAUAGUACUAAUACUAUUCAUGCUUAGCUUUUUAGGCAAAAAAAAACACUAAAAUAUGCUUGUUUUCAAUUAUUGGCUCAUUCACGACUAACGAUGGGACCACAACUCUCGUUUAGUUAUUCGGAAAAUGAAACAGUUGCCGACUUAAUAUUGCUUUUAUGGGGAUUAUUAAAGAUAAACCAAAAUGAAUUGACUUAAAAUACUUUGGACAACUAUUAUUCAACUAAAAUGCUAUUCGAAUCCUACAAUUAGCUUUUAGAUCAUAGCUAAUCAUUUCUUUAACAGUCUCACUGUAAUAGGUACCAUAUCAUUUAAAUGUUUAAGUGACAUUUGUUUGUGUGCUAAAAAAUCGUAUACUGUUUCAAAGAAGAAAACGUACUUCUGCUUCGCUGUUUUUAAGAUAAAGUUCUUGUACAUUCUGUAAAUAUGUUCAUUGUCUUCGUUUUUCGUCAGAGUCUGGGUAUUUUUCUUGCGCAGAUAUUUCUUAGUUCAAUUGUACAUUAUGAACUCUGUUAUAUAUAUAAAUUUUUUAAAAGAAAGACAAACGGAACAUUUGUACGACUUUUUUAUUUAUUUAUCGACAUUAAAAACGAUAAGUACAGAUACGAAUUAAUGACAAUUAAGAACGAGAAUUGCCUGAAAUCCUAAAAUGACGUCACAGCGCAACGUCCACAUUAUACUCGAUAAAUUAUUCAAACUUAUUUUAAAUUAUACUCAAUAUUGCUUGAAAUUUUUUUAGAAAGAUACUUUUCUUUAUUUAAAGAAUACAGUUUGAUAUGAUCUUCAAUUAUUAAAUUGAAGACUUAAUACCGAAAUGAAUCGAUUGAUGAUAAUGUUUUGUAUUAAGUAUUUAUUUAUAUACUCUUAGAGACAUAAAAUUAGUGAUUAAGUAAGUGUAAACACUAUGUAAUUAUCAAUGGAUUAUGCUUUUAUCCUUUUGUGUUAUUCAUCCUGUAAAUAUGUAAAUUCCAGUAGAUAUUCGUCAGUAUCAGUACCAUGAAACCAAACAUUUUAUGUGUAGUAUUUGUAAAUUUUGUUGUUAGAGCAUUUAUUUUAAUUAAAUAAAUGUUAUAAUGGAAUUAUGUAUUAUAUAUUUAUUACAUUGUGUUUUAUGAGUAUACUUAGACGUUUUUCAAAUCGACCCCGUAAAUAAAAUGUUUUCAAUAAAUGUGA